CCUUGACGCCUUAACCGUAUUUUUCUACUUCAAAAAAAAAAAAAAAAAAAAAAAAAAGGUUAUGAAUUGAGAGUUAGCAACAAACAAAGCUCGCAACUUUGCAAAAUAAGGGUUUUCAAUUAAAGCCCUCUUUUCUCAGGUUUUUAAUUGAUAGAAGAAAUCAUGGCUUCUGAAGACAACGUCACUGAAUUAAAAGAAGAAAUUCCUGAUAUAGUACCAUUUGAUCCCACUAAGAAAAAGAAGAAGAAAAAGGUUGUCAUUCAAGAUCCUGCUGAUGAACCUCUGGAUAAAUUGGCUGAGAAAACAGAAAACUUGUCAGUAUCUGAUGGAGUUGAAAAUUCCUUUGCUGGCUUGAAGAAAAAGAAGAAGAAGCCUGUCGAAAGUAAUCUUUCAGGCGAUGAUACUGCUGACUUUGGGGAAGAGAAAGAUGAUAACAUUGAAGAAGAUGAAGAGGGAGAGGGGAUAGUUUUGCAAGGAGAACAAACGCUAUAUCCUUGGGAAGGAAGUGACAGAGAUUAUACAUAUGAGGAGCUUCUUGGAAGGGUGUUCAACAUCCUUCGUGAGAACAACCCAGAACUUGCUGGAGACAGGCGUCGAACCGUUAUGAGACCUCCCCAAGUGUUGCGUGAAGGCACAAAAAAGACAGUUUUUGUUAACUUUAUGGAUCUUUGCAAGACGAUGCAUAGGCAACCAGAACAUGUUAUGACCUUUUUACUAGCAGAAAUGGGAACAAGUGGAUCUCUUGAUGGACAGCAGAGAUUGGUGGUGAAAGGAAGAUUUGCCCCAAAGAAUUUUGAAGGAAUAUUGAGGAGAUAUGUCAAUGAGUAUGUUAUAUGUAAUGGGUGUAAGAGCUCAGAUACCAUAUUGUCGAAGGAAAAUCGACUCUUCUUCCUCAGAUGUGAACAGUGUGGUUCUGGACGGUCAGUUGCACCAAUUAAAGCUGGAUUCGUUGCCCGUGUUGGACGUAGGAAUCAAGGAUCUUAAGGAAACCAAAAUCAUUUUUCUUAUAUGUUUGCAAUAUAAAUUUUGUUCCACCGGUUUUGAGAAAGAAGAAAAUAGAACCCGGUAAUUGUUGGAUUUUAAGUAAUUGGCUUCACAACAAUAAAGAUGAUGUUUUGUUUCGGUUAUAAGUGUAGUGAAUUUUCUUUGCACCAGUUUCAUGUGUUCA